GUUUCCAUGGUGACUGCCACACCCUCCCCCGGCUCCUGCUGCCUGUCUCUCUUUUCUGUUUUCUUCCAUCAUGGCUCCUGCAGCAGACAGGCCCGGUUACUGGGGCCGGCCUACCUCCACCCUGGACUGGUGUGAGGAGAACUACAGCGUCUCCUUCUACAUCGCAGAAUUCUGGAAUACUGUGAGUAACCUGAUUCUGAUUCUACCUCCAAUCUAUGGUGCCAUCCAGACUCUCCGAGACGGCCUUGAAACCCGCUACGUCUUUGCGUAUGUGGGACUGGCAGCGGUUGGCAUCGGGUCCUGGUGCUUUCACAUGACCCUGCAGUAUGAGAUGCAGUUGCUAGAUGAAUUGCCAAUGAUCUACAGCUGCUGUGUGUUUGUGUACUGCCUGUAUGAGUGUUCCAAGCAGAAAGCCGGGCUGAAUUAUUUUCUGAUUUUUAUAUUGCUAGCCUUCAGUGUUUCGGUGACUACAGUUUAUUUACAGUGGAAGGAGCCAAUAUUCCACCAGGUUAUGUAUGGAAUACUGGUUGCAGUUUUAGUUUUGAGAUCUGUAUUUAUAGUGACAUGUGUGUACCCAUGGCUAAGAUCCCUUGCAUAUACAUCACUCAGUGUAUUUCUGAUGGGAUUCUUACUGUGGAAUGGAGACAACAUUUUCUGUGAUACACUGAGGGAUGCCAGGCAGAAGAUGCCUCCUGUUCUCGGUGCUGUCACUCAGUUUCAUGCCUGGUGGCACAUUCUGACGGGCCUCGGCUCCUACCUACACAUCCUGUUCAGCCUGCAUACGAGAUCGCUUUACCUCAAUCACAGACCGAAAGUAAAGUUCAUCUGUGGGAUGUGGCCAGUGAUCUGUGUGGAGCCUCUGAAGAACCACUGAGGAAGCGCAAUGUGGUGGAGACUCCUCUCGACAGCAGCUCCCUCCUGGCCCUGUGACAUGAAGCAUUCAUGUUGCACAGAGAUCAAACUGCAUGGAUACCUGGAUCCCAUCUCGGAGCGGGGCCGCUUCCAUUUCCAUGUGUAAGGGAAUAAGGGAAGGUGCAUUUUUAUUAUAUGGCUGAAGGUGUAAUCGUGUAGACAGAUCAUUUGGUGGUGUGUGGUGUUUUUUUUUUUAUGAAAUAAAUAUAAUUUUUACAGGGGGAACAAUCAAUUUGUGCUGGUCACAAAACAACUUAUUUAUUUUUUUGCAGUGGUGUUUGCAGAUCAUUGGGGGUUACCAUUGUUUUCUGUGUGAUUUUGUAUAAUCUACACACAUGUAAGAGAUGCCCAUUACAUGCAAUUAUGAUGAGGGUCAAAGACUAACUUGGCAGCUUGUAGAUUAAUAGCAUUAAACUGGAAGAUGUGGUGUGAACCUGCAGUAUGAGUGCAAGACUAAGAACCUGCAGUAUGAGUACAAGACUAAGAACCUGCAGUAUGAGUGCAAGACUAAGAACCUGCAGUAUGAGUACAAGACUAAGAACCUGCAGUAUGAGUGCAAGACUAAGAACCUGCAGUAUGAGUGCAAGACUAAGAACCUGCAGUAUGAGUGCAAGACUAAGAACCUGCAGUAUGAGUGCAAGACUAAGAACCUGCAGUAUGAGUGCAAGACUAAGAACCUGCAGUAUGAGUACAAGUAUUUGAAACCGUUUACAUUACUCAACAGUGUUGGAGAGGGAGUAAAAUCUUGGUUGCUGUAGGUUACCAGCAUCCCCUGAGAUUUAUUAAUGCUGUCUGACGUGAAGGUCGUACACAUCUUGACACCACCUUUAUUUUUUAUUUUUUCUCUCCAAUGUUGGAGCAUUAACACCAGGUGGAUGUGCUGAAAUCAAUUCCAGAUUAACAGGAACAGUGUAGCCUCUUUAUAUGUGAUGUCACACGUGUGUAAGACUCUUGUAGCCUGUAUAUUAUGUGACCAAUUUAGUAUGUACUAACAUUCUGUUGUAUUUGUAUUAUGUAGAUAUAACUUGAGGGGCACUAUAAAGGUUAUAAAACGA